GAAUUUGAAACAUGCAGUUUGGGAGUGCAGUCACGAGCUGGAAGACAGUCGCGUAAUUUUCUUUCUAUUUUUUUACGAAGGCGGACGAAAUCAGUCUCAUCUGUUUUCCUCCAUCCCGCAGUUUUAUUGUACCCUCUUCCCCUUGUGGCGAGCGUGAGUGUCCAACAUGACGAAGCAGACGUACACGGCGGUGGAGGCGUCGCGAACGCACCAUCUCGCAGCCAGCCGCGACUAUCACGCGCAGCCCCGCAUGAUCUACAAGACGGUCUCCGGUGUCAACGGGCCCCUGGUCAUCCUCGAUGAUGUCAAAUUCCCCAAAUUCGCCGAGAUUGUCAAUCUGACCCUGCCCGAUGGGACACAGCGCAGUGGGCAGGUGCUGGAAGUCAGCGGAUCCAAAGCUGUCGUGCAGGUAUUCGAGGGGACAUCGGGUGUGGACGCCAAGUAUACGACAUGCGAGUUCACCGGUGAUAUUCUCCGCAUGCCCGUGUCGGAAGACAUGUUGGGACGGGUGUUUAACGGAUCGGGGAAGCCCAUUGAUCGCGGUCCACAGGUUUUGGCCGAGGAUUUCUUGGAUAUUCAGGGCCAGCCGAUCAAUCCGUGGUCGCGCAUCUACCCCGAGGAGAUGAUCCAGACGGGCAUCUCGGCCAUCGACGUGAUGAACAGUAUCGCGCGCGGCCAGAAGAUCCCCAUCUUCUCGGCGGCCGGUCUGCCGCACAACGAGAUCGCCGCGCAGAUCUGUCGGCAGGGCGGCCUGGUGAAGCUGCCCGGGAAGAGCGUGAUGGACGCGCACGAGGACAACUUCGCCAUCGUCUUCGCCGCCAUGGGCGUCAACAUGGAGACGGCGCGCUUCUUCAAGCAGGACUUUGAGGAGAACGGCUCCAUGGAGAACGUCUGCCUCUUCCUCAACUUGGCCAACGAUCCCACGAUCGAGCGUAUUAUUACUCCGCGUCUGGCGCUGACCACCGCCGAAUUCCUGGCUUAUCAGUGCGAGAAGCACGUGCUGGUUAUCUUGACCGAUAUGAGCUCCUACGCCGAGGCUCUGCGUGAGGUGUCGGCGGCCCGUGAGGAGGUACCCGGUCGUCGCGGGUUCCCCGGGUACAUGUACACGGAUCUGGCGACCAUCUAUGAACGAGCCGGCCGCGUGGAGGGCCGCAACGGGUCCAUCACGCAGAUCCCCAUCUUAACCAUGCCCAACGACGACAUCACGCAUCCCAUCCCCGAUCUGACCGGCUACAUCACCGAAGGACAGAUCUACGUGGAACGCCAGCUGCACAACCGCCAGAUCUACCCUCCCAUCAACGUCCUCCCCUCGCUCUCCCGUCUCAUGAAGUCCGCCAUCGGCGAAGGCAUGACGCGCAAGGACCACGCGGACGUGAGUAACCAGCUGUACGCCAACUACGCCAUCGGGAAGGACGUGCAGGCCAUGAAGGCCGUGGUGGGCGAGGAGGCGCUCUCCUCCGACGACCUGCUGUACCUGGAGUUCCUCAACAAAUUCGAGAAGAACUUCAUUUCGCAAGGCAGCUACGAGAACCGCACCAUCUUCGAGUCGCUGGACAUUGGCUGGCAGCUGCUGCGCAUCUUCCCCAAGGAGAUGCUCAAGCGCAUCCCGCAGAGCACGUUGGCAGAGUUCUACCCCCGGGACCGUGCUGGGCAGCCCGCCCAGGGCGGCGCUCCCGCCGAGAAAAAGGAGGGCAAAUAGGAGAAUAUUCCUGACGGAUUUGGAGUGUUUUGUGCGGUAUGUGUGAUAUGUGUUUCGCGUAGAUUAGUGAGGUUAUGAAUUAUUAUUGACAAUUUUACGCUCUGCAAUACAAUGUCCUGCUGGCUGCUUCGUGUGGAUUUUUCGUUGGUUUUAUUUUUCGUUGGCAUUCCCGGAAAAAUUGUGUUUUAAUAUUAGUGUUGUAAUUUAUUCUCUCUUCACAGUUUCAGGCGUUCCACGUUGUACUGUUUUGUUUUAUUUGAGCGGGUUAUGUUGCUGCAUCACAGAAUUAAACAAAAAAUUAGGAGUAAACAACAA